UGAGGACUGCCAAGCGGCAGAGCACAGCAGCACCACCAGAGGAGCACCCACCAACAGAGGAGCACCCACUACCCGACAAGCACCCACUGCAAGAGGAGAACCCACCACCAGAGAAGCACCGCCAGAGGAACAGAGCCGGAGGAGCAGCCCACAGCCGGGAAUCGUAUCGGACCAAGUACCUCAACUAUAUUUGAACUGCACAUGAUGAUGAGCGAGCCCAGGAGCCCUGGAGUUCCCCCUGCAGCGCACCCAGACACGCUGAGCUCCGCGGUGGAGAUGGACCCAGUGGAGUACACCCUGAGAAAACGGCUUCCUCGCAAACUGCCCAAAAGGCGUAAUGAUGUCUAUGUGAACAUGAAAACGGACUUCCGGGCUCAACUGGCAAGGUGUCAGAAACUGUUGGAAGGUGGAGGUCAUCGGGAGAUCUGUGUCCAUGGUCUGGGCUUAGCUAUCAACAGAGCCAUUAACAUAGCCCUCCAGCUUCAGGCCAGCAGCCAGGGAGCACUGCAGCUGGCCACCAACACCUCUACUGUGGAGCUGGUGGAUGAUCUGGAGCCAGAGGACCCUGAUGAGACGGGGGAACCAAUGACACGCACACGCAACAACUCUGCAAUACACAUAAAAGUCUUCUAUCCUGACCCCCAGUGAACUUUACUUCCUGUGAGAGAGAGAACUCUUUCUUAAAAAAAAAAAAAGGACUGUGGAAAUUAUGCCUUAUUUUAUUUAUACACCUGUUUUCCUUUGGAUUUAUUAGACCAUGUGAAGCCUUGGAACAAAAAGAGCAUGAUAGACUUUGUAGCUGUGUCCAGUAGGUGUCCGUAUUGAGUAUGGUUGUAAUCUUAUCAAACACAUGGUGAUAUUGUUAAGUUCUGUGUCCUUAAAUGAUAAGUGACACUAUCAAUUCAUAUGAGUCAGUCUGGUUCUGGUCUAUAAUGAAUGCAGUAUUUCUGAAAUAUGCAAUCUGUAGUAGCAAGGACCCCAUAAUAAAAUAAAUAAUUCAGACUCCC